AUGGCAAAAGAGGUCCCGCAGAAGUGGACUUUGAAAGUGUCAUAUCAAAAGGAGGUGAGACGACUGCGGGACUGGCCCUGUGAUGAUUCUGUCUCCUACGAGACGCUCAAGCAGUCUGUGCUGAACCUUUUUGACUUGGAGGAUGUGGGCCAGACUUUGAAGUAUAUGAGGGAUGAGGGGCAGGAUGGGCAGGAGUGCCCCUUGACUUCUGAGACAUUGCAUGCAGCUCUGGAAACUGCCACUGCAGGCCUGCUGAGGGUGACAAUUGUAGCAGAGCAGGAUGAAAAACCUGAAACUGUACAAGAGAACGGCAGGUCUCAUGACAACUUGGGGUCGGAGAUUUCUCAAGAUCCUCCCCUCAAUGCCGCUGAACCUGACACUCUGCAAGCUGCUGGUACAGAGCCGCAUGUGGGUCAGGAAGGCAACUCUUACUAUGAAGGCUGGAACCGCUUCAAAGAACAGGUUGUGACGGAUUUUCGAUCCAACUACCAAGACAUGCGCGGGGCUCUUGUGCGAGAUGAAGAAGAUACAAACCGAGGUAGACAGGUGGCUGGUCAUGUUGCUGGCUUCACAGCUGGUGUUUGCGCAACUGCAAGGCUAAUCCCUUUGCAUGGCACGAAACUGGCAGCCAGGAGCAUCGCGACUGCUGCACAGUUUCCAGCACCUGCAGACAGAGAAAAUCAAAUCGUUGACCCACCACCAGCAGAGCCGGCCGGAGAGGUUGACCGUUUCAAGCAGCAGGUGUUUCAAGACUUUGAAACUGGGCGCUCGGAGAUUCAAUCAGCCUUUGGAUAUUUUGUAGGCAGUGCUGAGGCUGCUGACAGCGCUGAGAGCCAUCAAAACACCGCCCAAAGGCCUCGGAUUGGAAAGGACGUGAUCCCCGCAGUAGCUUCCACAAUUGCUGGCCUCACUGUAGCCACCACCUUGGUUCCUUUGAGGGCCACACGCUUGGCUAUUGCGAGCCUGGCGAAGCCAGAUGUUCUGCCCGGAUCUGAUGUGCCAGAUGGAAUCAAUCAAAGCAGUCAAAGCGAAGGCGUGUCAAGCAGCUGA